AUGGCACCGAGGAAGAGAGGCACGAAGGCGGUAGCAAAGUCCCGUGUGGCAGAAACACGACGUUCGGGUCGCGCUGCUGCUAGUUCUGCCAAUGUAGCAGAACAGUCGGGUCUCGCCAUGUCGACCCAAAAAUCCGAAGCAAGCUCACGAGCUAGAACCCCAAGAAGGCCUGCGGUGAGAGGGAAAUGGAGCGAGGAGCAACUGUUGACGAGUGACAAGUCCCUCCUCAUUGACUUUGAUCUAGUGAAACUGCUGGCGCGACCUGAAGCAUGGAAUUGCCUUGAGGAAAGUGACAAGCGCGAAAUCCUCGAUCUGCUUCCCCCUGAGGUUCAUCCGGAGGCACAGGCUACAUCGGAUGACCCAGAUGCGAAAAUUCGACCAAUCCCCGACUCUUUUAUCCGAUAUUCAAAUAACUGGCGCGACGGCGUUCGACAGUUCCAGCUCGAUCUCCAAAACGGCCGCUACGAUCCUGAAUGGCUACACCAGGCGCAGGAAGCAAGACAGGAGCGCAAAAAUGGCGACUUUGAUGACUUCAAAGAGCGAGAAUAUGAGCAGUUCUGGGGACAGAAGCAAAAGUCCAUCUGGAGGGCACUUGCUGGAGAAAGUGCGCGUGUGAAGAUGGGAACUCUUAUCGAUGAAGGUGUCAUCCAGUUGGGUGAUAUCUGGAAAUUCUAUUAUGUUUACGGCAGGGGCUCUGGCAGAAUUGUCAUCGAAAAAGAAGUCAGGGUCCAUGACCGUGAUGGAGUUAAAUUGACCUUUGCGAUUCCACCUGGUGAACGAGUAUUUCUUCGCAGCAAUUUCGACAAAAUAGAGCCAAUUUCGACACCAAAGAAGGGAAAGGAAGAUGUGAAAAUCAACCUCGAUACAGAGCCACAUCCAGUGACAUCAUCUUGGAAUGAUAAACAGUUGAAAGAUGAGGGCCCAAAAUCACAGAUCACCAAUGCAACUUCCAAUAACGAGGAGAUGAAGUUCGAUGCCGAUCAAGUGCCACAGCAGACCCUUACUUCUUCCAAUGACGAAGAAAUGAAAAUUGAGAAUGGCGGAGCGCCAGAUGGGAUCCUAGUAUCUUUCACUGACGAGAUGAAUAUUGACACCAAUACCGCCACACAACUAGUCAUUACACCUUCAAAUGACGAAGAGGGCCAACAAGAAACCCCAUUCAGCGUUGUUAUCUUUAGCCCUGAUGGUACACGAAAUCAAAAGCCCAAGCGCACAAUUCCUGAGCCUAAACCUCAACCCCCAGUGAAACGCAAGCGGGUCGGACGACCACGUAAAAAUCCACCAAAGCAGCCAGAACCGGAACCGCCCCAAGAACCAGAGGUGUCUCAGGAAACAGAUGUUUCCCAACAUGAUGAACAGAACCAAACUCCUACUCCCUCUUUCAUGUCCAUCUUGAAUGCGAAGAUCGAAGAAAACUGCAGGGCUGCAGCAGAAUCCUCCCAGACAGAGCAUUGUCAGCCAGAUUCCCUUUUGUCGGUGCUUCCUUCCACACCUAAAUCCCCCAAGCUCCACGCGCCAGAGUUAUCCACGUCAGUAGAGGAAUCUUCCAUUGCCAAUACCAAUGGCAAAAAUGAUAAAGCGGAAUUAUUGGACUUAUCUACGGCUCAGUCGGAUACUCCUAUGCCUAGCGUUGAGGCACCCGUCGAAGCACCUGCCGAGGCUGAGCAGGACGAGGUCAAUAAACCCACAACCACCGAACAACAUAAAGUCCCAGUCCCAACUCCAUCUCAACUUACUGCCAGUGAGCCAGACGAGAUCAUCGUUCCAAAUAUCUCCUCGCCACAAGCACUCGUUGUUAAGAUCCUACAAAUUGAUGGCCGCAUGCCGAAUGGCCGUACAGCGAAUGCCUGGAAAGAAAUACGGUGCUAUCGAAAUAACCAGGAUAUGGGCAGCCUCUUUGAUGUGCGUGAGGCAUGGUUCCUCCAGCAUGGACGACUUGAGUAG